UAACCGAGGCGCUUAAUUUUGCAACGAAACAAAUGAGGUCUGUAAAUGGAGGAGACUAGUUGACGUUCUGACAGCUAGAAUGAGAUAACCUCCGACUCGGAUCGUAAAGAAACGCCGGUGAUUACCGGGCAGCCUUUAAACCGAGGAAGCAGGAUGCGAGAGAGGAAUGUAAAUUCGACAUACUGCUCUGAAUACUGUUAGUUCGAUACUCAUAAACGGCCAAGAAAAAUCACUCUAUGGAACGUUUCAUCGGGGUAUACAUAUAUUGAAUAUAAAAAUAUAAACGUCACCGCCCCACGCAGCUCGGAGCAAUCAAAGCACGUGCGUAAAAUCGAAGUACUCGAAUAAUGGCUUGGCAAAAUCCUCAUCAACCGGGAUGGGCCCCCGAUGGAUCGGCGAUAACGACUGCGCCGACAAUGCCGCUUAUGCCCAUUCAACCUGGUGUUCCUUUUACUCAGCCCGGUGUGCCUUACGGACAACCUGGUGUCGUGAUGCAACCCGGUGUCCCGGUUCAACCGCCGGCAGGUGGUUGGCCGAUACCAAACAGCAAUUGUCCACCCGGCUUGGAAUAUCUUAUGGCCCUUGAUCGGCUGAUGGUUGAUCAGCAAGUGGAGCUCCUCGAAGCGUUUACCGGAUGGGAAAGUGAAAACAAGUACGUGAUUAAGGAUCCCCGGGGUCAGGUCGUUUACUACGCCGCCGAAGAGUCCGACUGUUGCGGUCGAAUGUGUUGCGGAAGUUAUCGCCACUUUGAUAUGCGAAUUCUGGACGGCGCGAUGAAGGAAGUCAUUCACCUCAAACGACCCAUCAAAUGCAGCAGUUGCUGUUUCCCAUGCUGUUUACAGGAGGUUGAGGUAUUUUCGAACGGUGUGCAAAUCGGUUCGGUUACUCAAAACUGGAAUCCAAUACGACCAUCGUUUUCGGUGAACGACGCGACAGGAGACGCCGUACUCAGCAUCAAAGGGCAGAUUUGCAUGUGUUCCUGUUGCGACAUUGACUUUGACGUCCUGUCGACGGACGGUGAGCAUCAAGUUGGCCGUAUCUCUAAAAAGUGGUCCGGAUUUGUCCGCGAAGCAUUUACGGACGCUGACGUUUUCGGGAUCAGUUUUCCCGCUGAUCUCGACGUUAAAAUAAAGGCAGUUCUAGUCGGAGCGUGCUUCUUAAUCGAUUUCAUGUACUUCGAGGGGCAAGGAAAGGCCAACAACAUGCGUUAAACAU